GUAAAUUACACUACGGAAAACAGCACAGUAUCCUUUACCGCUGUGAUACCCACAAUGCGCCGUGAUCUGCACAGAAGCAUCAGGCCUCUCACGGGAUCCAGAACAGGCUGUAAGUACUAUAAGUCAUGUAACAUGCCUUACCCAAAGAGAAAAAACAAUGAAAAGUUUCGACCGUAUAAAAACCCAUUAGGGAAAAAUUGGUACAUCUCAAAUGGGAGCAUGAUGCAGAGCUCGGAGUACUUGCAAGCGUACCUUGUACUCGGAGGACGCUGAGAAUGAUGAUUUUCAGUGGUGUACACACCCAUAAUCAACUGUGUCGUUGGAGGUCGAGGACACAAUUACGCCACCUUGGAAGAGCCGUGUGGCGCGUGCCGGUGAAUCCGGUGAGGACCGGAGUGUCUCGGGAAACAUCGGACGACGCCAACGACACUCGCAAGGAUAGCAGA